AUGGCUGAGAUCCGACGCAAGCUUGUCAUCGUUGGAGAUGGUGCCUGCGGAAAGACCUGUUUGUUGAUCGUCUUCUCCAAGGGCACAUUUCCUGAGGUUCGCAGCCAUCCUAUCCUCUCCCAUCUCAACUACUGGAAUAAUCACCCCUAUCAUACACACUACAUUGUCUAUGUCCCAACUGUCUUCGAGAACUACGUCGCCGAUGUCGAAGUUGAUGGAAAACACGUGGAACUCGCUCUGUGGGAUACCGCAGGCCAGGAAGAUUACGACCGUCUCCGUCCUCUAUCGUACCCGGACUCCCACGUCAUCCUGAUCUGUUUCGCCAUCGACUCUCCCGAUUCACUCGACAACGUCCAGGAGAAGUGGAUUUCCGAAGUCCUACACUUCUGUCAAGGUCUUCCCAUCAUCCUCGUUGGGUGCAAAUGCGAUCUGCGACACGACCCCAAAACCAUUGAAGAGCUGGCAAAGACAUCCCAAAAGCCCGUUACACCCGAGCAGGGUGAGGAGGUCCGCAAGAAGAUCGGGGCCUACAAGUACCUCGAAUGCUCGGCCAAGACCGGCCAGGGCGUCCGUGAGGUGUUUGAGUCCGCCACGCGUGCGGCCCUGUUGACUCGGAAGAGUGGAAAGAGCAAGAAAUGCUUGAUCUUGUAA